AUGAUACAAAUAUGUUUAGCAUUUGAACGGAAAAAAUGGCUUAUCCAUGCUGAUCGAAAUGAUCUUCCGUUAUUGAUCGGAUUAACAUAUAUCAAUAAUAAUUAUCAUUGGCUUGAUAAUACUCCAUUCAAUUAUGAUAAUUUCUUGGAUCGAGGAUUUAUGUCAAAUUUUUCAGCAUUUAAAGCAGAUGAUUGUAGACGAGUUUUUCUUUAUAGUCCACCAACACAGUACUUCAGAAUUUUCUACAGCUUUGAUAUCGAUUGUAAUGCGCGUUUUCAAAAUUAUUAUGUUAUAUGUCGAUAUAAAUUGCCGUAUGAUGAGGAAUAUUUGGAAUAUUCGGAUUAUGGUAACGUUCGUUCCUAA